GAGAUGUUCCGGAAUGUUCCGGGAUAUUCCAUGUUCCUAGUUUUAUCAACGGCCAAAAGUGAAGUCAAUUUGAUAAGUUCAACUUGUAAGCCGAUGUGCCCGUACACUGUAGCUCUGGAAUUUACGAAGAAGCUGCUCUUCAGCAAAGUAGGAGACAUUAAGUGGUGGAAGGAAGCUCUUUAGUGCGUAUAAUGGCAUGCGGACAAACUUCGAGUUCAGGAAGUAGACCGACUGUUAAUGUCAUGUUUCUCUGCGACGAGUGGAAGUCUUCUAAAGGUGGUCUCUCCACUUUCAACAGAGAAUUUGCUGUUAAUUUGGCCAAAACUACAAGCGGCAGCAUGAACGUUCACUGCUACGUCUCUCAAAGCGAUGAACUGAGCAGAGAAGAUGCCAGACAACACGGAGUUAAAUUAAUCACUGCUCAAAAUAUUCCUGGAUCGGCUGAUCGACUCGAGUGGUUGAAAAUUCCACCGUCGGAGCUACCGAAUCCUGACAUUGUUGUAGGCCACGGAAGAAAGUUUGGUACCCCUGCCUAUUUUAUCGUCCAAGCUGCAAAGUGCAAGUGGAUGCAUUUUGUCCAUGUGUACUGUGAAGAUCUUGGAAAGUUCAAAGCAACGCAGAGUGCUGCAGUGGAUACAAUCGAAGAAAAUGAGAAGAAACAUAAAAGUGAAAUUGAGCUGUGCAAAGCAGCAGAUAUUGUUUUCGCAGUUGGAUCACGGUUACAACAGAAGUACGCCAAAUGUCUUCCACAUGUUAAAGUGGAGAUCAUUACUCCUGGGAUUUUUGAAAAGUUGUUAAAUGAGUCAUCACAGCUGGUCAAAGACAAAUUCGUAAAGAAGAAGUUCAGUGUCUUUAUGUUUGGACGGGCUAGCUUUGAAGAUCUUACCCUCAAAGGUUAUGAUAUUGUUGCAGAUGCCAUAGGCUCCCUUGAGAAAAUGUUUGAGCUGACAUUUGUUGGCUCAUCUUCUGGUGAACACAGGAAAAUAGAGCAAUGGUUUCUUGAACAUACAGGCAUAAGCCGGAACCAACUAACAAUCCGCAGUUAUUGCGAUGAGCAAGAGGAACUUACUGAGAUGAUGUUGUAUGAGCCAGACAUGGUUGCCAUUCCUUCGCGCUCUGAAGGGUUUGGGUUGGUUGCCCUGGAAGCAAUUUCUGCUGGUAUUUCUGUUCUUGUUGCAGGUGAAACUGGAAUAGCUGAAGCAUUACUUGAAGUAGAAGAUGGGAAGUCCGUCAUUGUUGAAUCAGAUGACCCUAAAGAGUGGGCUAGGAGGAUCCAACAACUGUCCAGGCAAAGUCCAGAAGAGAGAGAAAACAAUGCUAAGCUGCUCAGAGACAACUACGAUAAAACUUACUCUUGGAGCAAUGAAUGUGAGAGAUUCAACAGAAUGAUACAGGGUUUAGUGGACAGCGUACCUGUAAAUGCUUUGAAAUUUAGGAUUGAUGUGGAAACCAUGACACCUGCAGAACACAACACACAGGAUAGAACUCCUGUUUCAUCAAGAGAAUCAGGAGGGUCUCAAAAUGGUGGGCACCAGGACACCUCUACAGAACCUGUGCCAUUAGGAGAUACACAACCAGAAAGGGAAGUUCCCCAAGCACCCAGUCCCAUUCCUACAGAACAACAAGUAUUGUGUUUGAUUGCUGACAUGUACCUGAAGGCUGCACCACUGAGCAAUAGGGACGAUUGUGAUAGCUUUUUGGCAUACAUGAAACAAAUGAGAACCACUAUAACAGGUGUUGACAUGGGAAGUUUGCUGAUAACAGUGAAGUGUGAUUCACUCGAGAUCCUAGAGAUACUGUGGGAAGAUUAUUCAUCUGGUCAUCUUGGUGAAGUGGUUCAAAGGUGUUUUGUUACAGAAGAGAUCUUGACAGAAUUGAGCCUUGCAGAGUUGAAGCUUCAAACAACAAUCUCAGACGAGGACUAUAAAGCAUGCAAAAUAUACUUUAAGAAAGAUCCAGCAGGAGAUCAAUGUGAAAAUGUGGCUGAGCCUGUUGAAGAACCAAGCCAUUUUUCUGAUGAAGAGAUUUUAGCUCAAAAAGAUGAUGAUGAUGAUGAUGAUCUGACAGAAACAGGUGAAUCAGAUGAUAAAGAUGACACAAUAUCAGAAGAUGAAGAUUUGUCUGCAUGACUGAAGUUGGUCACCUCAUUUGAACCCUGUCAUUUGUUGGAAAAAUUGAUAAAAUCAAGAGCAAUUUGGAUAAACUGCGAGCUUGGAAACACAGUCUGCCACAAAUGAUUGAGUCUCCCAGGUCUACUUUCCAGUCCCUGUGAGAAGGGAAAAAAUACAGUCCAUGCAGUGUCUUGAAUCUGUAAGGCAUUGUUGAAACUCAUCCUUCCAAAAGCAAUAGCCUAUUUAAUUAAAAAUAAACUGCCAUCAAUUCGAUGUUUUAUGUUUGUCUUUAACAGCCAUAAUUGAUUAACCUGUGAGUUACCAUAACUGCCUCUCACAGGAAUCUUACAUUAGGCGUGUGUAGAAUCAUUACACAGGAAUCUCACAUUGUACAGUUGCAGAAAAUAUCCAUAUUCCCGCCCCCUCCCCCCCACAGAAGGGAUUGGAAUUUCCUGGGGAGGGGGGGUGGAGGAUUCUGAAAAACCCAAAAAUUUAAAGAAGCUUGAAGCUUGAAGCUUGAAGCUUAACUGGAGGUGCGGUAGCCUCAUGGUUAAUGCGCUCGUCCCUGGAUCAAACGGUCCUGGUUCAAGCCCUGGAAGGGGACACUGUAGUGUUCUUGGUCUAGACACUUGACUCUCACAGUGCCUCUCUCCACCCAGUAGUAUAACUGGGUACCGGCGAAUUGUUGGGGAAACCUAAGCAAUUGAGGGGGAGUGACCUUCGAUGGACUAGCAUCCAGUCAAGGAGGAGUACAAAUACUCCUAGCCACUUCAUGCUACAGAAACCGGGAUAAGGUCGGGCAGCUAUGAGCCUGUCAGCUCCAAGGCUUCACACACACACACACACACACACACAUAUACACUUGAAGCUUAACUGGAAUUUCCAGAGGGGGUCGGGGUUCUUAGGAAAUCCCUUCCAUGGGGGAGGUAUGGAUAUUUUCUAGAACUAAACAUUACGCAUGCAAAGAAUCUUUACACAGGAAUGUAGCAAAGUCCCUCCACGUGUCCACAUGAAUCUAGCCGUGUGGACACAAAGAUAAAGAAAUUCUAGAGAGGGAACUGAAAGUUACCAUAAAUUUUGGAAAAUUUAAGGUGGCUCAGAACUCCCUCAGUAUAAUUUUUUUUAAAACUUUGCAAAAAGUCAUGCUUAUAUCAAUUCAACAAUAACAAAAUGGGGGUCACCAAUCUCGUUUUUGAGUUAUAAGGUCUUACAGAUAAAAUCAGUAGUGUUUAACACAGGUUGUUCAGGGUAGUACUAUUAGCAUAAGUAUCGUGCUUAUUAUUUUGUUAUUACACACUUUAUUUUCACGCUAGCCGUCUAAAAUGAAUUUCAAAAUCAUGUGACAUACUAUCUGCAUAUUGCAGUACAGCCAUUUCAUAACGGAAUACAGUCAUGUUAACAGAGCAAUGACCACAACCAAGUGACCUUGACCCAAAAUGCACUGCUGACUCACUAACGUUAUACAUAUUAUAACCAUCUCCCGACUGACUAGGUGCCAAUUCAGGACUGGUGAAUAUGGUGAACUCGCAAUUAAGGACUUCUUUGUGGAACUGUAAUAAUUGAGGGUUUUGGUACUUGGAUCAAAUACAGUAAUUACUAUGGUAACCCAGUCAGCGGUCAUCCGCAUUGUAAUAUAUAGCGUGCGGUUUGUCAGCUUGUCAGCAAUCGCGUGUCAGUAGCGUUAAGAAAGACUUCUAGUUGCCUGUUUCGUCAAU